UCGAUUCCAUAGAGUUAGAACGAGGUAGCCUGGAAAUAACUUGUGGGCGAGGCUAAAGCGUGAGAAACUGGAACCGAUAAGCAGAAUUAUUUGAAAAAAGUCACCUUCGAAAUGAGUUUAGCGGACUUGGUGGACGAGUCGUUUAUACGAGAGCUUGUUGAACGAGAGUUUUCCUACAAAUCCAUUAGUGAAAGACUCCGAAUUCUCUUUCCUGGUAAGAGUUAUAUCUCUUUGCAUUACCUUUCUAUCUAAAUUUCUGGCUUGUAAUGUUGAUGUUUUCUCCGGCAGAGUCACGCGGGCUUAGCGCGCGAAGCGUAAGACGAUUUUGUAAAGACAGAAAUAUAAAUGUAACGUCAUUGCAAUGGAUAUCAGACGAACACCUAGAAGAAAUGGUUUCGACGAACAUCUUGCAGGUGAAGUUGAAUUUUGUGAAUUGUAUCAGUAAACCAGUAAUAUAACAAUUAAAGUGAUCACCAACUGUUAAUCCCAUCCAUGUAAGCCGGUGUAAAAUGUCACGUUCAAUUGCAUGCCUGGUUUUUGCCGGGAAAUAGUUAAUGAGACUCGUAUCGUAACCAGCUUUUUUUAGGGGUAGGAAUUCACAUGUCUGGUACCCUGCAAAAAGAGGCUGUAAUGUGUCCACCCCUUCCCGGGCUAUCCCCCUGGGCAUUAGCAUCUUUCUUGAAUGGCAAAUUUCCGGGGUUAGGGACACUUAACCUGCGAAAUACCCUGUGAUGGGGAUGAAGGAAGAGUGCAGAUGCCCCAUCAUUUCAAUAUACAAACCUAUAAAACAUCUCAAUGAAGCAUACAUUUUGAAUGAGAAAUACAAUGAUUCAUGUCGAUUUUUCUUGAUCUCGCUAUAUAUGGCUAUGUUUCACACAUAAAGCAACAAAACUUUUGCAAUUUAUAUAUUUUGAUAUAUAAUGAUCAUUAGGGAUAACUGAAUAUGAUAUAAAUCAGUAAAUGCCACAAUUUGUUUUUCUUUCCAGUAUGGACAUACGUAUAGAAGGCGUAUGAUGUAG